GUGUUUUGGUAAUAAGGUGUUUGGGUUGUAGUAGAGGUACUGCUAGCACUUAUCGGAAAUUCAUGCAGUUUUGUUAUUUCCUCUUUGUACGAUUUCGGAAUCGAUUUGUGGCAUAGUAUGCUCACUUACGUUCAGUUGCUAGUUCAUUAGUGUUGAUACACCUGGGGUGGUUAAUGAUGUUUAAUAAAACAUUCUGGCGGUAAAACUGGUAUUAAAUAUACCAUAAGAUACUUAAUAUGAGCCAAAAUUUAGAUUUUUCUGGAGCUCGUGGAGAAAUGCCUGGUAUUUCUAAUGAACCAGGAAAGAAGAGAUGUAUUGAUGAUAUUAUUGAGCAUAUGACAGCUGAUCUACAGAGCUAUGAAGGACAAUAUAUUCUUUUGGGAUCACCACCUGCUUCAGGACCUACAGUUUGGACUCCUCCACAACCACAAGGGGUAUAUUAUCAGCCUGUUAGAGAUAACAAUGAGAUGAUGAUGAUGGAUGUUGGUGGUGGGAAAUAUGUCAAUCUUGUUUUUAAACCUGGAACUCAGGAAUAUAACCAACCCCCUAUGAGUUUUAUUCAUUAUCAACAACCACAGAAUUUGGUGCAGCCACAUAUCAUCGACUAUUCUCAAAGGGGUUAUAAUGAAAGUCUUCCAAAUGGAUGUCUUAUUGAAAAUGUUGUUGGAAAUUGGGUACCAAACAGGACUGGGACUUAUUCUCCUUUCCCCGGUGUGUCCCAGGAAGAUGUUCCCACCCUCCAGCAACAACAAAUUAAUCAACAGCCAUCACCUGCACCAGCACCAGUUAAGAAGCAACGUAUAGUUGCUGAGGUUAAACCUAUGCGCCCCAGCUAUUCUGACGUUCUUGCCAAAUCUCCUCCGUUAACACCACCUCCUACAGCGAAAACAGCCUCAAAACCUGUUACAUCUCCUCCAAUACCUUCUGUAAAAUCAGAACCAAAGAAACCUCAAACCAAGCCUAACAGUAUUCCUAAUGGUAAAAUCAACAGUAACUUAAAGAGGGAAAGUUCUAAUGGAAGUAACGAAGCUUUAGCAGAAAAAGCAAGGGCUGCAAUCAGGAGGUGGCUUUCUCAAGAAUUCGAGCCUCCUGUUAAACAGGAUAUGAAAAAAGAGAAGAAGAAAAAGUCUAAGCAGGCAAAACAAGUUGUGGAGAAAGAAGAAAAGGUAGAAACUCAAGCAAAGGAGCCUGAAGCUACCAAAGUAACUAACAGAAAAGAAAACUGUAACCCCACUAGUCAGCCUAAACCACAAGUUAGCGAAAGACCGCAAGUGAAGCCGAAAAAUAGGGAGAGAGAUGAAAGAAAAGGUUCUUCUAGUAAGUCUGAACGAGGAGCAAGUACAAGGACUACAAAAGCCAAGAGAUCUCAAAGGAGUUGCCGUAAAAAAGAGAGUCAUCUAGGUGCUCUUUGCAGAAAAUGGCAAGAACAGUCUUCAUAUUACUUAUUCCUUUUAACAUCUUGGCUGAUUAACUUACUUUGGGAUGUGACAGCCAUGUCAGCUACCCUUCUGGUGCAUAUGUUUGGUGAGGUGAUGUCUGCUUGCAAAGCAUGGGCACAAUGUGCAAGGCUACGUGGGCCCUCUCUUCUUGGUGGUUGGAGGCGUAAGAAGACUCCAGAUCCUCCACCCCCUCCUCUGCCUGGAUCUCUACAACACAACAUAUCCUUACCGACAACUGGGGAUGAGGCUAUGAAGAGGCUUUUGUCUUGUAAAGGCAAAGAUCCAUAUAGUAUACUUGGUGUGACAAGUACAUGUACAGACGAGGAAAUAAAAAAGUACUAUAAAUCUCAGGCAUUGCUUGUUCAUCCUGACAAGAAUUCGCAGCCUGGAGCUGAGGAAGCAUUCAAGAUCCUUGUACAUGCUUUUGAUCUAAUUGCUGAACCAGAGAAAAGAGCAGCUUAUGAUCGUUAUGUUGCUGAGACUAAUCAAGUUGAACAAGCUUGGAGUGAAUUAAGCGAUCUUAUUUCUCAACUUCAUGAAAAAAUGGAGUAUGCAGCCAAUACAAUUAGGUGUAAUAAUUGUGGUAAAAGGCACAAACGGGAAAUUACAGAUAGGCCAAGUUAUGCUGCUAGGUAUUGUGCACAAUGUAAAAUUCACCACUCAGUUAAAGAGGGUGAUAUGUGGGCUGAAUCACGUGGCUGGGGUUGGUGGUCAUGUAGAUAUUACGCUUGCAUGGAAGGUUCUGUUUACGACAUUACACAGUGGGCCCACUGUCAAGGACCUACCGUGCAGAGGGUUAAGCCAGACUCACAUACUGUCCAGUAUAGGGUUCUGGUUGGAAGGCCACCUCAUUCUAAUCCACCACCUGAACCUGACUUUGAAGAUCUCUUAAACAGUCUUUACUCACAGAAUGGCUCUGGAAGGGGAAAGAAACGCUCGAAAAAGAACAAGUGAAAAAUUAGAUAAAUGUUGUGGCCCCGGGCUUGACUCUAAUACUCAUAGGCAAUCCUCCUAUCACUUGUUUUGGGAAACCAGGACUCACUCAGCUUUGAUUUCUCUAUCUUUGUUCAUUGACUGAGCAACUUUUAUGUUGUCUAUAAACUGCCUUUAAAAAAAAAAAAAGAAGAAAAAAAAGCUAAAUAAGAAAUGAAGUUUUUAAAAAAAAAUUAUUAUGAGUUAUAUGCUUUUGUUAUUUUUUUUUUUUUGUUUUUUGUAAAAUUUGUUAAGUAAUCUCAUUUUUAUGUAAGUUUUCUUUUCUUUCUUUAUUUUUCAUUUGAAAUAUAAAAUUAUAUCACUUGAAUCUUUUAAAAACACCUUUUGCUUCCAAAAAAAUAUCUUGCUCUUAGCUUAUACGUUACUUAUUCUGCAUUAAGAAUUAAAGUAUGUAGAAACCUAAACCUGUCAACAUAAUUACAAAUUAUGUGCUUCAUUUCUUUUAAUCCAUUUCCUAUUAACUAAAUUUUCUAUAUUAUUUGUUUAUAACAAACAAUAUCACAUUUAAUCUAUGUAGG